AAAAAAGACAACAGAAAAUGAAAAUUCCAUAAAAAAUACAACAGAAAAACUCGCAAGUCACAAGCUUCCGUCGGAAAAUGACGAUAAUACCCACGCUCCCUCCCUAUAAAAAAAACCCCACCCUCCGUUGCAAACGAUCCCAUGUCCGAGCUCUCAACUCCAUAGCAGAAAAUUCAAAGAGAGAGAGUGAGUAGACUUUCGUCAGAUUUCCUUUUUCGGUGAUAUUUUCGUCAGAUUUUGUUUUUUCUUCUUCAUUUUCGAGCUAGCGAUCAAUCAUGUUGGGAGUUUUCAGCAGCGCGAUCGUAUCGCCGCCGGACGAGCUGGUGGCCGCAGGCAGCCGCACUCCGUCGCCGAAGAUAACGGCGGCGGCGCUGGUCAACCGCUUCGUCCAGAACAAUGGGAGCGCCGUGUCCGUACAGGUCGGCGACCAUGCUCAGCUGGCCUACAGCCACAGCAACGAGUCACCGUUACAGCCGAGGUCAUUUGCAGUGAAGGAUGAGAUAUUCUGCUUGUUUGAGGGAGCCCUUGACAACUUGGGAAGCUUGAGGCAGCAAUAUGGACUAGCCAAGUCUGCAAAUGAAGUGCUUUUGGUGAUUGAGGCCUACAAGGCACUGCGAGACCGGGCCCCUUACCCACCUAACCAUGUGGUUGGCCACCUCAGUGGAAAUUUUGCCUUCAUAGUAUUUGACAAGUCCACCUCCACCUUGUUCGUCGCUUCUGACCAAUACGGCAAGGUGCCUCUGUCUUGGGGAAUCACUGCUGAUGGCUAUGUGGCCCUCAAGGAUCUCUGUUCUUUGUUAACAAUGGUGCUAUUGAUUUGUGCAGGAUGCUUCUACUCCACAGCGGUUGGAGGCCUGAGAAGCUAUGAGAAUCCUAAAAACAAGAUCACUGCUAUACCUGCUACUGAAGAAGAGUUCUGGGGUGCAACAUUUAAGGUGGAAGGGCCAGCAGUAUUUGCAGCCACAAAGUAGAGAUUUUCCUGAUAGAGUGCAGUCUUCAAAAUCUAUAUCCAUUUCAGGGAGGGCGGUUGGGGGAGAGGCUUUUAUAUGGUGUUGAAUGUAAGGCAUGCAUCCGGGAGGGAGGGGCCAUGUAAAUACCUGGAAAUGUUGACUGUUGUUGAUAAGUGUUUGAUGUUUUGUAUGAGGGCUUUGUUUUCUCUUCAUGUUGUAGUUGCUCGCUGUAUUCUAGCUUCUACUGUUGUACAGCUAUGCUUUUUAUCUUUUAAUGAAGUUGUAUUAAUUAAGGUUUCAAUGCUUUUUCGUUGACUCAUAAUGCAAUUAUGUAACGUACGAGUAAUUUUUCGGCGUGACA